GAUUAUCGCGAGCACAGAGUAUUACCCUUCGCGUAAAAAGCCAACCGUACGGGUUCGCGGAAGAUUUGCUCUUGGGUGUUUCCAUGACUCGCAUCUAGUCUUCGCUCCAAAGCCAACUCCCCUCUCUGGUUCCUUCAGCUCUAGUGUCACGAUUCAGUUGCAACAUGGGUGGAAGCACAAUUGAAGAGGAUUGGGAAUUUACAAGUUCGGAAUUUGAAAGCUCAUCAGUUUCAGCUAGUACUUUGGUUCUAGUUGGACGAACUGGAAAUGGAAAGAGUGCCACUGGAAACAGCAUUCUUGGAGAAAAGAAAUUUAUAUCCAGAAAGAGUUUGUCUUCAGUGACAACAACUUGUCAAUUGGAGAGAACUGUUCUAGAGAAUGGACAGAUUGUAAAUGUAAUUGAUACACCUGGGUUAUUUGAUUCAUCGGUGGCACCUGAAUUUGUUGUAAAAGAGAUCGUGAGGUGCAUUACAUUGUCCAAAGAUGGCAUUCAUGCAGUCCUCGUUGUGGUUUCACUGAGGAACCGGUUCACAAUAGAAGAAAUGGUUGCAUAUCAAAGUUUGAGAAAUUUGUUUGGAGAGAGAAUUGUCAAUUACAUGAUUGUUGUGCUUACUGGAGGAGAUGAACUCGAGGAAGAUGGUGAGACUUUAGAGGAAUACUUGGGACAGGGGUGUCCCCAAUGCUUAAAGGAUCUUAUUCAUUUAUGCAAUAAUAGAAUGGUAGUUUUCGAUAACAAAACGAAGGAUGAGAAGAAAAAAGCUUAUCAAGUGAAGAAGUUGCUUUCUUUGGUGGAUGGUGUUGUGGUUGAAAAUGGUGGUCAACCCUACACUGAUGAGAUGUUCCACAGGCUUAAGGAAAGGGAAGCUGUAUUGCAAACUCACAUGGAGACAUUCAAGUCAUCGUCGGACUCUCGGAAGGAAGAACUGCUCCAGCUGAAGCAAGAUAUUGAAAGAUCAUAUAAAGAACAACUAGAGAGGAUGAUUGAGAUAAUGGAAGGGAAGCUGAGAGAUACUACUUCAAGACUUGAAGCAAGACUUGCACUGGAGGAGUCGGCAAGAAAGCAGGCUGAACAGUUUGCACGAGAAGCACAGAAGCACUCAGAUGAGGAAAUUCGCAGGCUUAGAGAAAGUCUAGAAGCUGCAAGGAACGAGACAGAAAGCCUUCGCAGGCAGGCUGAAAGGGUGUGCUCAAUUUUAUGAGAUUAUUUGACUUCAUCGACUCAAAUAUAUCUUGGUGUUAAUAGUUAUUUUCACGAGAGCUACAUAUUACAUAAAUAUGCACAGGCCUAUUUAACUUUGGCAAGACCAAUCUGGUUUUAUUUGUAAAUAUUUAUAGAUGGAUAUCUAUAUCAUUCUGUGUCCA